AUGGCGAUCAAGGACGUGGCGGCUAACGACGAUGCAUCUCUUCCUCUAAUGAAUUCUCCGUCUGCAGCUGCUGGAGAUAGAACGUCGGCUAUUCAGACGCUUGGAAACAUUAUUGUAUCUAUCGUUGGAACAGGCGUCCUUGGCUUGCCUUAUGCAUUUCGUGUCGCGGGAUGGUUUGCUGGAUCUCUUGGCGUCAUUAUCGUAGGGUUCGCCACGUAUUACUGCAUGCUUCUCCUCAUUCAAUGCAGAGACAAGCUAGAAUCAGAAGAAGGACAAGAAGACUCCAAAACAUAUGGUGAUUUAGGAUUUAAAUGUAUGGGAACAAAAGGUCGAUACCUGACCGAGUUCCUCAUAUUCACUGCUCAAUGCGGUGGAUCAGUAGCGUAUCUAGUGUUCAUAGGACGUAACAUGUCAUCGAUAUUCAGCUCAUACGGAUUAAACAUGGUCUCUUUCAUCUUGAUUCUCGUUCCAAUCGAAGUUGCAUUGUCUUGGAUCACUUCUUUAUCAGCUCUCUCGCCUUUCAGCAUCUUUGCUGAUAUAUGCAACAUCAUAGCCAUGUGUUUCGUUGUUAAAGAAAACGUGGAGAUGGUGGUUGGUGGAGACUUCUCGUUUAGUGACAGAACAGCUAUUGCCUCUACAGUUGGUGGUUUACCGUUUGCUGGAGGAGUUGCUGUGUUUUGUUUUGAAGGGUUUGCAAUGACGUUGGCUCUUGAAGGGUCUAUGAGGGAGAGGGAAGCUUUCCCUAAGUUGUUAGGGAAAGUGCUUGCUGGGAUUACGUUUGUCUACAUGUUGUUUGGGUUUUGUGGUUAUAUGGCUUAUGGAGAUGAAACUAAGGAUAUCAUCACUCUUAACCUCCCAAAUAAUUGGUCUGCCAUUGCUGUCCAGAUUGGCUUAUGUGUGGGAUUGACGUUUACAUUUCCCAUCAUGGUACAUCCGCUUAACGAGAUCAUAGAGCAGAAACUGAAGAGGAUCAAGUGCCUUCAAAAGCAUCAUCAUCAUCAGUACAGCAACGAGACAGGUUCAGUUUCCAGAUACGUAAUCUUCACCACGAGGACGCUUUUGGUGGUAGGACUCGCAGCAAUCGCGUCGUUAGUCCCUGGCUUUGGUACAUUUGCAUCUCUGGUUGGAAGUACUGUGUGUGCACUCAUUUCAUUUGUGUUACCUGCUUCCUAUCACCUCACGCUGCUCGGUCCAUCGCUAACUCUAUGGAACAAAUCUGUUGAUGUGUUCAUCGUGAUUUGUGGGUUGCUCUUUGCUGUUUAUGGUACUUACAACACCGUCGCUGGAUUGUAAAAAAAAAAGGAAAUCAAGUGAAUCUCUGUAAAACGAACAUAUGCAUCAACCGAAAUGUAUAGCUUGUUUUACAUGAAUCUAUCCACUGUACAACAUAUUUUUGUUAAUUCGCAUGUGCCGUCAAUUUCUAAUUCGCAUGUGCCGUCAAUUUGAUAUGUUGAACUUAUAAC